AUGAGGCCGCGCUCCGGCCCCACGCGGAACCCGCGGCUCCCGGCCGUACCCGCCCCCGACCCGCGCUGGACCGGAGGCCGGACCGGCCGCUGCGCAGCCGAGGCCAGCCCGGGGCCUGCGAGGGGCGCGCGCCCGAGCCCCGCCGCGGGCACCAUGGGCGCUGCCCACUCCGCGUCCGAGGAAGUGCGGGAGCUCGUGGGCAAGACCGGCUUCUCAUCGGACCAGAUCGAGCAGCUCCAUCGGAGGUUUAAGCAGCUGAGUGGAGACCAGCCCACCAUUCGCAAGGAGAACUUCAACAACGUCCCUGACCUAGACCUCAAUCCGAUCCGAUCCAAAAUCGUCCGUGCCUUCUUUGACAACAGGAACCUGCGCAAGGGGCCCAGCGGCCUGGCCGACGAGAUCAACUUCGAGGACUUCCUGACCAUCAUGUCCUACUUCCGGCCCAUCGACAUCUCCAUGGAUGAGGAGCAGGUGGAGCUGUGUCGGAAGGAGAAGCUGAGAUUUCUAUUCCACAUGUACGACUCGGACAGCGAUGGCCGGAUCACCCUGGAAGAAUAUCGAAAUGUGGUCGAGGAGCUGCUCUCAGGAAACCCCCACAUUGAGAAGGAGUCAGCUCGCUCCAUUGCAGACGGGGCCAUGAUGGAGGCUGCCAGCGUCUGCGUGGGCCAGAUGGAACCUGACCAGGUGUACGAGGGGAUCACCUUCGAGGACUUCCUGAAGAUCUGGCAGGGGAUCGAUAUAGAGACCAAGAUGCACGUCCGCUUCCUGAACAUGGAGACCAUGGCCCUUUGCCACUGACCCGCCGCCACCACCACCACCGAUCCACUCCACGUUGCAACGGGGAUGCUCCCCGAGUGGCCUUGAGCAGCUAUGGCCGCGGGCCGGCGGGGGCCUUCCGCCGCACCUCCUGUAAACCACCACCUACUCGUCUGCUCCCUCGUCUGCGCCGUGUUCUGUAGGGUGUGCUAGGUGGGACUGCUGUUUUUACCUCCAAUAAAACCUGGGUUUGUUACUGAGAGCAGAGUCCCUGUCUGUUCUUCACUCCGGCCUGCAGCCUGGCCGUUUGGUGGAGCCAGCCUGCAUGAGCAAAGCAUGCAAUGGCUGGUGUGGAGGACAAAGAUUUGCCCCCUUUAUUAUUUCCAGUGUUCUGGGGUUUAUUUUGGGUUUAUUUCAGAGUGCCAGCUGCUUUCCUCGCAUAAAUGCUGGAGGCCCGUCUGCCUUCUUAAUCCCAGGCAGUAAAAUAAGGAACAGCCCCUAACACAGGCCAGUGGAUCAGAGGGCCUCCUGGAGGGGCUGGGGUGGGCGUGGGGCUGCUUCUGACCACGUGUUCAGACGGGUGGAGGAAGCGCAGUGAUUUGUGAGCUCACCAGAGACUGGGACUCAAGGCCUGCUGGCCGACUCCAGACCCUGGCUCUUAACCACGGGGGUCUGCCCAGCUGGGUCUUGGGAGCUCUUUCUGGCAGGACAGGGCCGCAGCAGGGCCCGUGGCUGCCAUCUGUCUGCCUGCAGCAUAAGUGGAAGCGGCAAAGGCCACACACAGCAGGGGAGGCUCAUCACUCGGAGUUGCAGGCAUCUGCCCAGGUAAGUGUCUCCAGCGGCUCCUCUUCUUACCUUCUGAUUCAGAGAUGGGCUGGGGGGGACAAAGAAACAAGGUCUGUACUUUGGUUGACGCAGCCUGUGAGUCUACAAGGGUGCGCGCAGGCGGGACAGGCGUAGCUGGUGGCGCACUAUGUGUGGCUUCCAGGGUGACCUGCUGGGCAGUUAUUUCUGAUCGUCCUGCGUGGCUGGUGGACGGCAGUGGUUGUUCAGUGGACACAGUGGUCCCAUCGUGACUGGAGGCUAAUAUUUAUUUUCUAGGCCUUGUUCUGGUAGUUGCAUUUAUAGUGCACGGCUCUUUUCUUGACACUAGCCGGGAGGUGCCUUUCCAGCUUUCCAAGAACAUGCUCUUGGUAACUGGCAAGUGCUGUUGUUAUUUGCAGUCUUAAACUUUUAAUUUGUAGCUUUAAUAAGUAUGUGCUUCAUUUUAUUUUUUCUAAAGCAGUAGGUCACACAUUCGGUUCAGCAUUUCAAAGGAACAGAAAGGCACACCUUGGAAUCUCUGGCUCUUGCCCCUGGGUACCCAGUCGCCCUUCUCAGAGGCAACCACGUUAACCCCUUUCUCAGUCAUCCAUCCAGAGGUGCUUUAUACAUCUAUAGUUGUUGUUAGCAGCUGUCAUCAAGUUGGCCUGUGUCACGGUGAAUUGCGUACAACCAGAUCAGACCAUUGUGCUCCGUAGGGUUUUCAUUGGCUGAAAUCUUUUGGAAGUAGUUUGCCGGGCCUUUCUUCCAAGGCGUUGCUGAGUGGGUUUGAACUGCCAGUUUUUGGUUAGUAGCUGAGUGCAAACCAUUUGCACCACCCAGGGACCUCAGUUUCUUUAUGCAUAAAAUACAGACAAUAGUAUUUGUCUGCCUGUGAGACUCAAAUGGGUUGACAGUCUGAAAGGAUUCAUGUGAAAAGCAUGUCAUGGUUAUUAAUAACACCAAACAUGUAUAGGGAGCCCUGGUGGUCAUGAGCAGUGAUUAAGAGCUUGGCUGCUAACCAAAAGGUCGGCUGUUCGAAUCCACCAGCUGCUCCUUGGAAAUCCUAUGGAGCAGUUCUGCUCUGUCCUAUAGGGUCAGCAUGAGACAGAACCAACUCGAUGGCAAUGUUCCCCCCCCCCCCAUAAAUGGUAAACACUUAGGUUUGAAAUACCUGCUUUGUGGGUUUUAGUGGAAACUUCUGAAUGAGAGGAAAAGGCCCAGGAGAAGCUCAACCUGAGCAGCCCUCCCACUUUAGGUUUCUUCUGGUGCAGCCCAUAAGCCUAACCACCCUGACACUGUUCUAUGCACAGUGACUCAUGAUUUUAGCUGAAAACGCACUGAGCCCAGGGCACGGUGGGAACACCUCCUGCCACGGUGACCGGAGCUGUGCAGCCGUAGGCACGGGAGGCAGAAGCAAUGCUGUGUGUUUCCCCGAGGCUCUGCUGUUGACUAAGGCUCUUCUGCGAGCUCUCAGCGCUUCCUCCCCCAAGUGAGGUGUCUGAGAUGAUUGUAGGUGUUACGUGGCUGAAUAUAUACUCUAACAGUUAUAUCCUUGUUUUAAUAUGUGUAAGAAAAAAAUAACUUUGUAUCACAUCAGUGAGGCCACAGUGUUGCUUUUGUUGCCUGCCGUAGUUGGCCCCUGACUCGUGGUGACCCCAUAUACAACAGGAUGAAACCCUGUCUGGUCCUCCGCUAUCCCUGUGAUUGGUUGCAGGUCAGACCAUUGUGAUUUGUCAUUGGCUGAUUUUCACAAGGAGAUCACCAGGUCUUUCUUCCUAGUCUUAGUUUGGAAGCGUUGUCAAAACCUGUUCAGCAUCGUAGCAACACACAAGCCUCCGCUGACAGAUGGGUGGUGGCUGCAUGUGCUUAGGAUGAAAGUAGGUAUUUAAAUUUUAAAAAGUAAGUUAAAGUAGGUAUUUAAA